AGGGCAAGCUUUGAGGAGUUCUUUGGGAGCGUCGCACUUGCAAAGUCCAAAUUUCCCCGUCCUACGACGUCCCGUGAAGGAGGCUCCGCUGCGCGUGUACCCUCCGUCUCUCAGAACGCAAAGCUACCUGUAGUGGAGGAUGAGACAUAUGAGACUCCUGAUGGGCGGAUACCGGAGCAUCACAUGAUUAUACCACCGGAGGUACUCGAUCCAAAUGUAAUGAUCCCACCAAGCAAAUUUCACUUCCGGAGAAAGGAGACAGGUGUCACAAAUGGUGCCAACGGUGGGCAUGCAGGUGAAGCAGGUCCUUCUUCGCGCAGUAGCUCCUCAUCGCAUGGUAAGGCUCCUUCCACCUCACCAGCUAACCUUGCCCGGGUACGCACGAAUUCAAAUACGCGCGCGCCUGUGUCUGAGAAAGCACUGCAACGACGUCCUGGGCCAAAGCCACUUUCAACGGAGGGCUCUAUCAUUCCAGGCGAGUCAGAGGAAGAUGGUAUUUUGCGACGAGAAUAUGUCCUCGUGGGCGACAUCCGCGCUGUGGAAUUCAACAGAGCAGUCGAUGGUCUGUCAAUUCGAGAUAUUCUAAUGAUGCAGUGGAUGAUUGAAUUCAAUUAAAACAGAACUAAGUACAGCCCGCCGUCGUCCACUCCGUGAU